AUGCCGCCGCCGCCGCUCCCCGCAGCGUCCCGGGAUGGAUCCCUGGAAGGAUCCCGGGAAGGAUCCCUGGAAGGAUCCCGGGAUGGAUCCCGGGAUGGAUCCCGGGAAGGAUCCCUGGAAGGAUCCCGGGAAGGAUCCCGGGGUUCCCGGGGAGGUUCCCGGGGGUCUCCCGGCCGCCCCCAGCGCUAUCGCCGCCACCCCAAACCUCCGUACUCGUACCUGGCUCUGAUCGCUCUCGUCAUCCGCGCCGCUCCCGGCCACCGCCUCAAGCUCGCGCAGGAGGCGACAAUCGGCGGCGCCGGGGGGUCUGGCACCUUUGUCGCCACCUUUGUCACCUCCCCUCCCCUCCCCCACCUCCCCCAAAAUUCCCGGGAUGCCUCGCGCGUGUCCCGCUGUCUGUCCCGUCUGUCCGGAGGUGACGCCGCUGUCCCCUCUGCGUCCCCGGCCGUGUCCCUGUGCGAGCGCCUCGGGGACAGCCUGGCCCAGCUCGGGGACUUCCGCAGGGCGGCCGAGUACUACGGGAAACAGCUGGCCCUGGCUGAAUCCCUGGGUUUCGAGGCUCGGGACCUGGCCGUGAUCCACGUCUCGCUGGCCACGACGUUCCGGGAUCUGGGAGAACAUUCCAGAGCUUUGGAGCAUUUCCAGAAGGAGCUGGAGCUGCGCCAGGGGGAGCCCCUGGAGGAGUCCCGGACGUGGCUGAACGUGGCUCUGACCCUACAGGAUUUGGGGUCGGCCCCAUCCCAAAUCCUGACCCCAUUGAGGAAUUCCCUGAGCUGCGCCCGCGCCGCGGGAGACGCUCGACUGCAGCUCCGGAUCCUGAGGAAGCUCCGGGUUCAGCAGCUCCGGGCUGGGGACACCGAGGGAGCUCAAGAAACCCAAAAAUUGCUCGGGGGGGACCCCGGGGAGGAAGAGGAAGAGGAGGAGGAAGAGGAGGAAGAGGAGGAGGAAGAGGAAGAGGAGGAGUCGGAGCUGUCGGAGAGCGAGGAUGAGGACGAGGAUCUCGAGGGUUACCCCAAAAGUGUCCCCGGGAGGCGCCGGAGCAACAAGCAGUGGAACCGUCGGAACGAGCGGGGGGAGACCCCCCUGCACCGAGCCUGCAUCGAGGGGGACCCCAAAAAAGUUCGGCUCUACCUGGACCAGGGCCAUCCUGUGAAUCCUCGGGAUUAUUGUGGCUGGACCCCCCUGCACGAAGCAGCCAAUCACGGACACCUGGAGGUGGCGCGGCUGCUGCUGGAGCGGGGAGCGGCUCUGGACGACCCGGGGGGGCCGGGCUGCGAGGGGAUCACCCCCCUGCACGACGCCCUGGCUUCCGGAAGGUUCCCCGUGGCCGAGCUGCUGCUGCGGAGCGGGGCCGACGUCGCCGCCAGGAACGCCAAGGGUCAGACCCCGCUGCAGACGCUCCAGGAGUGGCUGGGAACGUUCGGGGCCGAGCUCGACAGCGACACCUGGAGCAGCGCCCGGGAACUGCAGCGGCUGCUCCGGGACGCCAUGGGAAACGCCGAACCACCCCAAGAUUCCCAAAUCCCAAAAUCCCCAAAUUUUGGGAUCGGAGCCUCCUCGAGUCCCAUCCGGAAACGCCAACGAAUUCCAGAGGCUGAAAACGAAUUAAAAACCCAAAAUUUGGGAAAAUCGGGAAAUUCCGGCGCCGAAAUUCCCAAAUUUCCUCCCGAAAUUCCCAAACCUGCUCUGAUCCCUGAGGAAGAAUUCCUGGAACAAGAGGAUUGGCUUGAAAACGAUUUGGGACCAUCCCGAAAAAAAUCCCGAAAAAAUUUCCGGGAAUUUUGGGAAUCACGAGAUCCCAAAAUUUCCAAAUCUGGAAAUUCCAAGAUUUCAUCGUCGAGAAUUUUGGAGAAUUCCUCGGAAAUUUCGGAGUUUUCCGAGAGUUUCUUCCGGGGUUGAGGAAUUUUCCGGGAAUUCCUCCGGGAUUGCGGAAUUUUCCGGAAGUUCUGCCGGGAUUGAGGGAAUUUCCGGGAAUUCCGGCAGAAAUCCGGAAUUUUCGGGGAAUUCUUUGGAAAUUCCUGCUCUGCGGAUCCGGAUCCGAAUCCAGGACGACGUUUUCCUCAUCCCGGUGGCUCCCAGGUGAGAAUUCCCAAAUUUUUCUUGGAAUUUUUUGGGAAAUCGGCUGGAAAAUUGCUAAAAAUGUUGUGGGAAAAUUCCGGAAAAAAGCAGCGCUUAAAAAAAAAAAAAAAAAAAAAUCCGAAAAAAUUCCUGUAAAAAUCCCCAAAAAAUUUGGAAAAUUCCCAGAAAAAUCCUAAAAAAAUUCCUGCAAAAAAUUCGAAAAAAAAAGAAAUGCCAAAAAAUCUCAGCAGAGAUUUCCCCAAAAAUUCCCAAAAAUUUCCGAGAAAAUCCCCUCCCAAAAUAAUCCCAAAAAAUCCCCUAAAAAACCCCAAAAAAUCCUUUAAAAAUCCCUACAAAAUCCCCACUAAAUUUCCAAAAAAUCCCCAAAAACUCCUCAAAAAAUCCCUAAAAAUACUUUAAAAAUCCCAAAAAAAUCCCCAAAAAAUCCUAAAAAAACCCCCAAAAAAUCCUCAAACAAAUCCCCUAAAAACCCCCCAAAAAAUCCUUAAAAAAUCCUCUAAAAAAUCCCCAAAAUUCCCCAGAAUUCCCCAAAAAUCCCCCAAAAAUCCCCCAAAAAAUCCUCAAAAAAUUCCAAAAAUACCCCUAAAAAUCCCGCAAAAAUCCCCUAAGAAUUUCCAAAAAAUCCUUUAAAAAUCCCCUAAAAAUCCUCAAAAAAUCCCCAAAAAAUCCCCAUAAAAUCCCCGAAAAAUCUUUAAAAAUCCCCAAAAAAUCCCUAAAAAAUCCUCAAAAAAUACCCCAAAAAUCCCUAAAAAAUCCCCAAAAAUCCCCAGAAAAUCCCAAAAAAAUCCCCGAAAAAUUCCGAAAAAAUCCUCAAAAAAUCCCUAAAAAAUUCUUAAAAAAUCCUUAAAAAAUCCCCGAAAAUAUCCUAAAAUUUCCCCAAAAAUUCCCCAAAAAAAUCCCUUAAAAAUCUCUAAAAAAUCCCUAAAAAAAACCCGCAAAAAAUCCAUAAAAAAUCCU